CUGAUGCGAAAACUGUGCAGUGCCUGAACGAAGCGGUAGCUUCGUGAAAGAUAGAAAUAGAAGAAGAAGGAAGAUUAAAAGAAAGAAAGAGAGAGAGAGAGAGAGAGAGAGGGAAAGAAAAAACAAGUAGAACCAGGAUGUUGCAGAGUUGCAACGGGAGCACGUCGCGACGUGCUAGGCGAGUCCUCGUGUUCGUUUUUGCCUGGAGUCUCGUGAUGAUAGCAGCAGUUCAAUUUCGUCAUGCCGAAAACAGUGCAUUUCGUCCCGGUAGUGGUAGUGGUAGUGGUGGUAGUCGAAAUAGCGAAGAAAAUAAUGCGGUUGGUGACUUGGUCACCGACGAUAAUAACAAUUACGUACGUCGUGAAGCGAUCGUGAGAACAGGAGGAUACGAUAAAACGUCUUCUGGUUCAUCAAGUAGUCUCGCAUUAUCUCGUUAUCUUUUGCAAAGAUCUAAGGACCCGGAGACUGGUUUUGGUAAUAAUAUAGCUGGUGGAUCGAUUAUACCAACAACUACGAUCGUAGGUAAUAAAAAUAAUUACGAGAAUCCAGUUACGAGAAAUCCAUUGGAUUUGGAGCCCCUGUUGGAUAAGAGACCAGCUAAAACUGAAGAAGAAUUAAUCGAAGAGAUCGAAGAAAGGUUACCCAGUUUACCGCUUGCUUAUUGGAACAAAAGUAACAAGUUGAACGGUCAACAAAAUAAAUUAUCCAAAAAGGGUAACGAGAGUUGUGCUAAUUUCAAGUUUCCUUCGAUCUACGAUCUAGAAUUUAAUAACAUUUACUGGCAAACGUUGAGGACAACUAACGGUACUUUCCAGUUCUUCGGAGCAUUUUAUGAUAAACGAAAGCUUUCGAGGAUCGGACCGGCUAUAAGGAUCGUUGGUAUGAUCGAUAGGAUCGAGCCUACUGUUAAAACUUAUUGUCAGAUGUGGUUUGACGGUGAGAAAAGUCCGGUAGUAGUAGAGUAUUUAGAAUACAAAUAUAUAUGGUAUCCUAAAUGGGGUAAUUAUAAACAGGGAAUAUAUCAGCCUUACGUUAUAGCUUGCAAAAUACCGCAAUCUCAUUGGACCAAAGGUCCACCUGCUUCCAUUUCUAUGGUAGAAAAACCUUGCGACACUGCGACUAACAAUCUUCGAGUUAUUUACAAUAAACCUGAACGUAAAAAGGAUUUUGCCGUUUGCGUUAAGGGACUGGAUUUCUUACACGAAGAUCUAUCGGUCAGAUUAGUCGAAUGGAUCGAAUUGAUCACUCUUCUUGGGGCGGAUAAAAUCUUUUUCUACGAACUACAAGUACAUCCUAAUAUCACGAAAGUUUUGAACUAUUAUCAAAGACUCGGUAAAGUACAUGUGACACCUCUUACACUACCCGGGGGACAACCCAACGUUCCCUCGUUUCAACACAUGUACCUAACGAAAAAAACUAAUCAUAAAAGGCAAAACGAACUCAUACCCUACAAUGAUUGUCUUUACAAACACAUGUACGAAUACGAAUAUAUAGCUUUGUUAGAUGUCGACGAAGUAAUCAUGCCCGUUAAGGAUGCUACCUGGCAGGACCUUAUGAAAAGGGUUUUACCAAAGGCCUUCAAAAUACGAAACGAGACACGAGCCUCUUACAACGUGAGAAACGUUUACUUCCUCGACGACCUGCUGCAGCCCCAUGGCCAUUUCAAGGACAUACCUAGAUAUAUGCAUAUGCUGCAACACGUCUACCGUUCGAAGAACUUCACUAAACCAAACCAGUACAUAAAGUGCUUCCAUAAUCCUGAACGAGUCGUCACUUUGCACAAUCAUUUCCCAUUGGCAUGCCUUGGGGCCGGAUGUACGAGUUAUCCGAUCGAGACAGAAGAUGCUCAACUGCAGCAUUAUCGUGCUGAUUGUGUGAAGUCUUUAAAGAAGACUUGCAUCGAGUAUCGCGAGAACAGCAUCUUAGACACGACCAUUUGGCGAUAUAAGGAUCAGCUUGUGGAACGAGUUACCAGAACACUACAAAUCCUUGGAUUCUUUGGUCCAAGCUAGCGUCACGUUUUUUUUUCGAAUUUAGCUACAAACUCUCACAGAUGACAGAGUUUUAUCCUAUUACUAAUUUCUUUUUUUUUUUCUUUUCACAUUAUUAUAUAAUCCUAAUCACCGAAUUUUCUGACCUCUCUUUGACAUGUUCGUUUGAUUUAAAGAUAUCAGCGACAAAUCGACGAUAAUCAACUUUUUGUACGUAAGCAAAAAAAUUGAUAAAUCGUCUAAACAAUAAUUUCGCAAACGUCAAUCUCAAUCGUUUAGAUUGAUGGUCUUCAAACUGUAUUCCAUGGGAACCCUGAAGUUCCACCACGCAACCCUCUUGAGGGUUCUACGAAUUGUUUUUUAGAUAUAUUACAUUGUAUUCAUAUCAUUUGUUGUGUAACGAUGAAGAAUUUCAUAAAAUACUUUUAUACUCGUAAGGGUUUCUUUCGUAAAUCGAAAAAGUUUGAAGAACAUUAUUUGUUAGAUGAAAUGUGUGUGUGUGUGUGUGUGUGUGAAUAUUCGCUUAAUUCUUUAAAUCACGAAUCGAUUUUAAUCUUACUUGAGAAUAUUUCUUCAGUAAUAUUAUUGUAUCGAAAAUUUAUUAUUAUGAUAUUCCUGUCACACGCACAAAUGCGAAUUUUUUCUUAACAGUUUACAUUUUAAUGUCUCUACGCGACAAUGCUUGAAAAUUUCAAUUGAUUAGAAGUAUGUGUCACUAAGUUAGCUCCACAAGAUUUGUAUUCGUCGAACAUCAUUUCAUAAUUUGUUAGUAUAAUGAAGCAAACUUCCUGUCUCGUUAUAUUCCUUUAAAGAUUAUCCUCGUUCAUUUUAACUUGCUCUAUGUGAAUGAUACUUGAUUCGAUAUCGUAUCUUCUUUAUUUUCUUUUUUCUUUAACUUCUUCUCAUGGUGAACCUCGAUCGCUUUCUUUAUUAAAUUGACUAUAUUCGAUUAUAUUCCGAAUUCAACGAAACGUUAAUCAUAUAUAUUUAACAAAUACGUUUCAUACUCGAAAAUGAGUUAUGAGAAGGCGAUUCAUGUUGCACCAUGAUCAUUAAUAAUGAAAUGUAAACAAUUUUAGAUUAGAAAACUCUCUUUGAUAUAAUAAAUACAUGGAUUGGUGAUAAGUUUUGAAUCUAACACAGAAACAAUUUUUAUUCGUUCAAAUUAUGUUUCAUUUAAAAAAAAAAAAAAAUAAAUAAAUAAAAAUCGUUUUUCGUUGAGGCUCAAAACUUGUCAACCCACCCAUGUAAAAAUAGUUUUACGUAACUUGUAAUUAUUUACUCGCAUUCUUUACGCUUAAUUUACGAUUGUCGAAAGUUGAUUUAUUGUAUCCUUCGAAGAUGACAAAUUUUAGAUUUUCAUUCUUAUUCGUUUUUUUUUUUUUUCAAAAGAGAACUAAUUAUUAUUUGCUAUAUAUGUGUAUAGAGAAAAAAUGGAAUGAAAAAGAAUAUGUGAUAACAAAAAUUAUAUAAAUAAUAUAAUGGAAAUAUUAUUGACAAAAUUAACAAAAAUCUUUUUUUUUUUUUAUUACUGAAUUAUGUGCCUUUUAUUAAUAAGUGCCUUAAAAUGCACUCAUUCGAGCGUGGAUAGCUCGUUUCUACGAUGUUUCCUAUCUGUAUAUAUAAUUUACUAUAAUUAAUGAAGUCACACAUUCAGCGGAAAUAAAUAAAUAAAUAAAUAAAAUUAAUAAAAUAAAAAA